GUUAUUAAGCGUGGAGUUGCCCGACAAGUCGGACGUGAGUCAACCCCGUUCUUCCAAUCAUUGAGUGUUUUAGUGUCACCCAUCCGUCUGCCAUCGCCAUGUCUGGACCCUCCCAUCAGCCAGAACUCGUCCGGGACGAUUCUUCCCCAGUUCUUCAGGGUCAUGGGACCGUUGGCCUCGAAGAAGUGUCUGCGGGGGUGGUUCCUGCCCAAUUCAAAGGGCGCCCCAAACGAUCGACCAGGCUGUCUCGAAAGGCAGCCUCGGUCCCGGAAGAUGCCGUCACAGAGCUUGACCCUGCUACGGUCGCCACGACCGAGGAAUUUCCGUCCAAACGCGCUCGGAAGAAGACAGGCGUCAAACGACCGCCGCCGUCCAAACUUCUCGUUUCUUCAUCCAAAGAGUCAGACACGGAUAUUGAUGUCGGCCAUCGCCGGACCCGUAAUAAGGCUCGUAAAGGGGAUCGCGACCAAGUACCUGGGCUAUCCCCUUCUCAGAUGCAUGCCAUCUCACAAAUGCUGAGUGAGCGUGACAAACAAGCUCGACAUAGGUCCACCCGCAAGCCCCGUUGGUCCUUCUAUUCGUCCGAGUCCAGAAGUGACGCGCCUGUGGCUUCUGGCUCAAAAGGGCCUGGCCUGGACCGUUUUCGAAACCAGGGCCCCUCUUCCAUAUCUCAUCCCACCAAUUCCUCUGAAGGACCUGACGACGCUCAAUCGCACGAUGACGACCCAGACGAUUCCGACAAUGAGGUUGGUGGGGAUCGGAGGCUUACCCGAAAUCGAACAAAGAAGACCCCCCAACCAACAGGAUAUUGGUUGGGAAAAGGGAAGGACCCUUCGGGUGCGGGAAAAAUUGCCCGCUCUCGCGAAAAGCUUUCGGACCGUCGCUCAAAAGCACGAGGGAAAAAUUCUCAGAUUGAGGAAGUAUGCCGAGGAAUGGUACCAACGGCUCGAUACGCAACUUCCCAUCUCCUCAUGGGAUUCCAGCUUCGAGAGGCAAGACGGCUUUGGCGACUUCUAGGCUCUCUUCAUCCAGACCGAGAUGAGAAGAGAAGAGAGGCAACACACAAUCAUCUAGGGGCCGCCAUUCAAAUUGGAAUCGAUGGGGCUCGACAUGAAAUUGAAAUGGCUCGUGUCCACGACACACUUGGCCCUGAGGUAGUGGAAGGGGUGGAAGGUAGAGCCAGUAGUGACCAACGAUACGUCGGCCGGACAGAGUAUGUUGUUAAACAGCUCAAAAAAGCCAAGGUCGAAGAUGCUUUGAUGCGGUCGAAAUCGGCGCCUGUUUCUCACCGUCCCUAUUUACAUGGAGCCAAAUUUUCCCCGAAUGGGCGACGACCCCCUUAUAGAGGAACGCGGGCAGGCAGGAAAGUAGAGGCCUUGAAGAAACCGAUAGGCUUCACCCCGCGUUGUUUCCUUUGCGCCUCCCCUCUCCAUUUGGCAAAAGACUGCCCGAAGAAGAAAGAGUUGAAACGGGAUUAAACAUAACUAUAGAGCUGUAUUCGAAAUUGUAUUGACCGAGAAUUCUGUGGUGAUACAAUACAAACGUGUUUUACAUUGGGUCCUUUU